CGUACUCAAUCAGAAGAGAAUACAAGAAAUCACACAAAAUUGUACCAAGUUGAGUUUUUCUAACCAAAUUGUUCGGUAUUUUAUUUUGCGAAUACUCUUACCACAGCAAAAUGGAGAAACGAUUUAAAUGCUUUUGCCCGAAGUCGCUGUUACCCAAAACCGUUGAGGAAGCAACGAAUACUUCGUUUAUAAGUGACACAAUGAGCAAGCUGGCCGUGACCAUUCAAGACACGACCUCGGAGAAGAUACUUACAGGCUCAGAUACAUCUACGAAUUCGGUCACCAUCAAUGACGACGCGCCCAGCCGAAAGAGUGCCUUUGAAAUGAUGCAGAGGGGCUGCGUCUUUGGCGUUUCCGGUCCGGUUGUGAAUGCUGAGAAAAUGGCCGGCUCGGCCAUGUACGAGCUGGUGCGCGUGGGCCAUUUCCGGCUGGUCGGCGAGAUCAUACGCCUGGAGGGCGACAUGGCCACCAUACAGGUGUACGAGGAGACGUCCGGUGUCAGUGUCGGUGAUCCUGUCUUUCAGACCGGCACGCCGCUGUCUGUCGAACUGGGCCCCGGCAUAAUGGGUGCCAUCUUUGAUGGCAUCCAGCGACCAUUGCGCACCAUCAGCGAGCUGACGGGCUCCAUUUAUGUGCCCAAGGGCGUCGAUAUUCGCAGCCUCUCGCGCACGAUCGAAUACGAGUUUGUGCCCCGGAAUGUGCGCAUUGACGAUCUCGUCUCGGGCGGCGAUAUCUAUGGCACGGUCCAGGAGAACAGCAUGCUCGAGCAUCGCCUGAUGAUGUCGCCGCGUAGUCAGGGCAGGGUCAGGUAUAUCGCGCCCGCCGGCACUUACACCGUGGGAGAUGUGGUUAUCGAAACGGAAUUCGAAGACAAGAUCACCCAGCACACAAUGCUGCAGGUGUGGCCGGUGCGCAAAGGUCGACCGGUACUCGAAAAAUUACCCGGCAACAAUCCACUGCUAACUGGCCAACGAGUGUUCGACGCCUUCUUUCCCUGCGUUCAAGGCGGCACCACAGCCAUUCCGGGCGCCUUUGGUUGCGGCAAGACCGUCAUCUCACAGGCCCUGUCCAAGUACUCCAACUCGGAUGUCAUCAUCUAUGUGGGCUGCGGUGAGCGUGGCAACGAGAUGUCUGAGGUAUUGCGCGAUUUUCCCGAGCUGACGGUGGAGGUCAAUGGCACCCAAGAGUCCAUCAUGAAGCGCACCGCGCUGGUUGCCAACACCUCCAACAUGCCUGUCGCUGCUCGUGAGGCUUCCAUUUACACUGGCAUCACGCUCUCCGAAUACUUCCGUGAUAUGGGUUACAACGUCUCCAUGAUGGCUGAUUCCACCUCCCGUUGGGCUGAGGCUUUGCGCGAGAUCUCUGGUCGUCUGGCUGAGAUGCCCGCUGAUGCGGGCUAUCCCGCCUACUUGGGCGCACGUUUGGCCUCUUUCUAUGAGCGCGCCGGCCACAUCUCGUGCCUAGGCAGUCCCGAGCGUCGUGGUUCCGUGUCCAUUGUCGGCGCUGUCUCGCCGCCUGGUGGCGAUUUCUCCGAUCCGGUUACGUCGGCCACAUUGAGCAUCGUGCAGGUCUUCUGGGGUCUGGAUAAGAAGCUGGCGCAGCGCAAGCAUUUUCCCUCGGUCAAUUGGCUGCAGUCCUAUUCGAAGUAUAUACGUGCGCUGGAUGCGUACUAUGAGGCCGAAAGUCCAGAGUUUGUGGAGCUACGUGCCAAAGCGAAACAAAUUUUGCAGGAGGAGGAGGAUCUGGCCGAAAUUGUACAGCUGGUGGGCAAAACCUCUCUAAACGAGGUAGACAAAAUAACGCUGGAGGUUGCCAGAAUUCUGAAGGAUGACUUCCUUCAGCAGAACUCGUACAGCACCUACGACUGCUUCUGUCCGUUCUACAAGACGGUGGGCAUGCUGAAAAAUAUGAUCGCCUUCUACACACACGCCGUGAUGGCUGUGGAGAGCACGGCUGGACAGGAGGCCCAUGUCACCUGGGGCCUGAUACGGGAGCAAUGCACCGAAGCUCUUUACGAAUUGGGUACUAUGAAAUUUUUGAAUCACAAGGAUGGCCAGGAAUACGUCGAGGAGCAACUGCAGAAGACCCAUGACAAUCUGGUCAAGACCUUAGCUGAUCUGGCCGAAAAUGUAGCUUCCUAUAUUUAGUAGUAUUGGCUAUUAUGCCUAAUCUGGUCUUAAAUUUGGCCUUAAUUUGAUGAAAAAUUUUAAGUACGUUUUAAUAGAGGAUACGAGACCUGAGCGACAUAUAGCUGUGUAUGUUUUUGUGAUGAUUAAAAGGACUUUAAAUUAAAGCUUAAUAAGAUGCAAUAAAUUUACGUGCAUACUUGUAUUUUGCUAAUAGGUCAAGACUAAAACCUUAGUAAAUUCUUGUUAUACU